AUGGAAGAAGAAGAAGAAGACAACAAUUCUUUUCCGUUGUUGGCAUCCUCAAACCAAAAUGUGGAUUCCUCAUCGACUCUUCGAAGAGUUUUGCCUCUCUCUCAUCAUCCUCUUGAAGAGUGGAUCUCAAGCAAUAAGGAAACAAUAGAAGAAGGAGGAGGGCGAGGAGGAUGGAAACGAUUUUGCUUCUUCCGAUGGUUGUUGUUGCUGAGCCUUAUCGGAAUGAUGGUUCUGUUUGCUUGCCUCUGUUUCUAUAUGGUUUUCAAUGAUGACACUUUAUCAACCUACAUAUCAUUCUCUCAACCAAAUGCUGUUUCUCCAUACCUAAUUCCAACAAGAAUAAGUAAAUCCUUAUUCACAAUGAUAGCCUCCUCAUUCUCCGAGGUAUUAAGGAAAGAAAACUUGAAUCAAUUGAUGAAGAACACUUUUCAAGGCCGGUACAAGCCUUUCCGAAAGCAGACUCACAACAACAAUAGAAAUCUUCAACUACGAGUGAAGCAAAAUACAAGGAAUUCUCAUGCCUCUAACGAUGAAUUCAACAACACGACUACUUCCUCGACAGAAUCAUCACUGAUAACACCAUCAUUAGUUUGCCCCUUCUUAAUUUAUGGUCCUAUCUGGAAUGAAUAUUGGACCAAUCGUAGCAUUUCAAAUGCAUACCAUCUAACAACAAGUAACAACAAGACUAUUGCAGCUGACGCUGAUACUCUCACAACUGACGCAAUCCUCAUCAAGGAAUAUCUUCCAUUGUACAAUCAAACAGAAUGGGUAUUCAAAUUUCCGAAUCAAUCGAGUCCUCUUUCGUGUCCGAAAAUUACCAUUAAUGAGAAGAGUAAAUUUGUCCCAAUUGAUUUCCGCUAUGAUGCAGAUCUUGGCUUCUAUUAUGGAAAAGAAGAAGCCUAUUGCCCUGAAGAGGAUUUUCCAUUUGGCUCGAUUUGUGACAAAAUGUUUUGCUUCUCUCCAGAAAUGCUCAAAGAACAUGCUAGCUCUACAGCAAAUUUCAACUAUGGCCUCAAUCUGACUUCAUUGCUCAUUAAGGACCCUACAUCUAUUCCAGAAAGUACGAUCUAUACACAACAAUUGUCACUCUCUAUCAUGCUUGCAUGGCUUAAGAGCUACUUGAAUGGAUCAAAAAUUCCACUCGAUCCACUCCUUUCAACAAAGAUUUGGUACAAUAUUACUAAAAGAAUUCCUGAACUGGAAGAAUAUAGAUUGGGAUUCGCCACAGAUAUUCUUGAUCUGUACACGACAUGCAGAGCUUGUAGGGAUUAUUCAAAAUAUCCAGUGACAAAUGGGUUCAAUAUUUGCUUGAAUGUGAAUUUGCCAUUCCAAUGCAGCUAUGGCAAAUUGGACCUUCUGCCUUUGGGAUUUCCUUCAAUGAAUCAAGUACAAAAUUAUUAUGGUGAUUGGUUGAGCAGUUCCAUGUGCUACUGUCCACGACCAGGUACCUCCUCUAUCAAUACAUGUGGGACAGAUAUUGAAAUUAAUUUUGCAGCAGAAAUGUCUAACAUCAAAUCAGCAUCAAUGUGUGACAGUUACAUGUAUUUUUGGUAUCCUCUGUACUCUUUUAGAAUUGUUAAUAUUGGCCUUUUGUUUUUGGAGAUAAUAUUGGCUCUAGUAAUUAUCAUGCUGAUUUGGCUCCCAUUGUUGGUACAGUUCAUGAAAAAUAUUUUGUUGAUGAAAAAGAAUGUAGCGAGCUUGAAAAUUCCAAAUGUAUGCAUGUGUUGUCUUUCAACCAUGUCUAAAUCAAGGAAAACAUCUGUACAUCAUUUCCACCAUUUCCAAAUACGAAAGUCAAAAACAAGAUGGAAACAAGUAUUGUGUGACGACAAGCUUAAUGCAGCCUCCAUGCUUCUAUUCUCAUUUCUAUGCUUACUGACUUCAUAUGCAUGUGAUUUCUGGAAGAGUAACCUUUCUAUAAUGUCUGAUGCGAUCACUAGCAUGUUGUUUCUAAUUGGAUUAGGAAAUUUGUUCAUUUGUGCAAUACCAAUUAUAUCUACCUGGAUAAACGCAAUGCAAAACGACUCCAAUGACAUGUCAAUGAAAAUAAGUAUUCCCCUCAUAAUUCUUCAAAUAGUUGGAUCUAUUCUCACUAUUUUUGCUCCAUUAUUUGGAUACUUGUAUAUUUUUCAAGUGACGAAUGAUUAUACAGCCCUCUCCCUUCUGUAUGGUAUGCUUUUCGGAAUUAUAUUCGCCUACCUUGUCAUUUUAAUUGUACUGCUAUUGUAUAGUGUGAAAAUGUUUUUAAGAUUGAGAGCAUUAAUUAAUAUUUCAUUCUUUCAAUUUAGAUUCACUCGAUUUUUACUCAUUGCCAUUAUAUUAUGGAUUGGAUUUUUUUCAUAUUUCUUUUUCACCUUUGCCGAGACUUUAACAUCCAUGAUAGAGGGAGAACAUUUUGCCCUGAGAAUAUUCUUUCUAUUUAAAUUUGAUAUUUUGCACGUGCUUCCUCUCUUGCUGGCUAUUGCUUUCAGCUAUGCUUUGUUUCCUUCUCGGAAAAUUAUUAUUGAAAGUUAUCAAAUAUUGAUGUAUGUCAUGUGUUGUUGUGGAGCGAUGCAGGACAGGUUGUUCAUUAUGAGGAAAAAACAACAUUUACAAAAAGAGCAAGAGCUCACACAAGAUUUGCUGGACAAACCCAUGACUGAGCAAAGAAAUCGAACCGAUGUGAACAAACAGCUGUGA